UUUUCGGGGGACACAAGGGGGUGGGGCAUACUCUCGGAUAUAUUUCCAACAAAGUGCUAGUUUUUUCCGAUUAUGAGGUAUCAUUUUGUUCAGCAGAAUGUCGCGGUGCAUAGGAGCACUUAUGUUGCUAGAAAUUUCUACACACGGACUAAAGCCAUUGCAAGGAAGGCAUCUUGGAAACGAGUGUAAAUUGACCCAAAAUAUUAAGUGUCUAUUAACCCAUUCAAAGACCCCUCCACCAGCAUUUUUCAUAUUUUUUGGAUAAUAACGAUCGUUUCGAAGUCAAAAAAUGUAAUUUCUCCGAUCAGGGUCGUGAAAAUUUUAAAGAUUUUCAUUACUCCGUAACACCCUCACAACUGCUCCACGGACUUGUGUUGAUCUUGAACCACCUUUUGAAGGCGCAAAGCUAGAUAUAGUUCAUACUUAGUGGGUUUCUUGGCAGGCCUCCUAGCUAGCAAAUGGUAAAGUUUCAGGACCUGGCUAGCAUCCUCCGGUUGGUUAUGGCCCCAAACGUACCCCCUACCCCUUGUGUC